UCUAAUUCCUACAAAAAUUUUUUUCUCUUCAAUUCAAAAUCUAAUUUCACCUAACUAAAACACAUUAAAUUUUUUGUCCCUUCAGAAUACCUCACUUCCACUGCAUGACCAAGCGCUAACGUCAAAUCCGUACCUCAAGAACACAUCAAUAGGAAGACAGAAUCAUCCUCUUGCAGAGUGACUUAAAAUUCCAUCAGUCUGUGCAACCGGUUAUAAUCAAACCCGUCUAAAUUUUCCGAGGGUUUCUUCAUCACAUCUGAGUAGAAAUACGUGACGGAUAUUGCAACUUUAAAAAACCCCAAAAAUUCGAAACGCUGUAAGUUCACCUGACGCUCUACUCUGAAAGUAGAGUGGUUCAGCGCUCCUUUAAGUCAACCGUACGUGCUUCAAAAUGAAAGGCUACAUCACAUUAUCUAUACUGGGUUUCAUGAGUCACAUCGCUGUAUGUCACGCAGAGGCACUACAAGAAGACCCAGAACACCAGAAUUACCAAGCCCGCAGGAUUAUUAAACCCAUCUUCGACCCGGUGGCACAGCGAGUCGAAGUCACCGGCAAUCAUGCUUUCGUAGCCCCCGGGCCGGGCGACCAGCGCGGUCCUUGCCCAGGGCUCAACGCCAUGGCCAACCACAACUACAUCCCACGCAACGGAGUCGCAACCAUCCAGCAACUCGUAGACGGUUGCAACAAGGCCUACGGGAUGGGGCGCGACCUCGCCUUGGUCCUCGCAGUGUACUCUUGCGUCAUGGCAGGAGACACCACGAAAGAGAGCAUCGGGGGCAACACACCAAAAGUCAUCGGCGGUCCUCUCGGGAUUCCACACGGUCUCUCUUUCAGCCACAACAAGUUCGAAACGGACGCCUCGCCGACCCGCGGGGACCUCUACCAGUUCGGCGACGCCUCGAAAGUCCAGAUGCCCCAGUUCAAACAACUCUACGGGAUGGGAAACAAGUCGACCAACUACAACCUGGACAUCAUCUUUGAUUUCUACGCGAAGCGUCUAGCUCAAAGCAAGAGUGACAAUCCGAAAUUUUUCCACCCUGCCGUCGCGGGGGUCCUUCUCGUCGGUGCGUACAGUUUCAUCUACCGCUUGUUCGCCAACCAUUCCGCGGAACAUUCCGACGGUUUCCUCGAUCAGGAGACCCUCAAGUCCUUCUACGCGAUCUCCGGGGAGGGCGAUAAGAUGACUUACAUGCCUGGCCACGAGCGGAUCCCGAGUAUCUGGUACAAACGCCACUUCACCGACGAAUACACUGUGGUCCAAGCCAAUUUGGACGUUCUCCGAGCGGUCACUAAAUACCCUCAGUUUCUCGAUAUCGGAGGGAACACCGGCUCUAAAAAUUCGUUCAUCGGCGUUGACCCCGCGAAUCUCACGGGCGGUGUCUACACGGCUAAGAACCUUUUGCAGGGGAACAAUCUGGGGUGUUUUAUCAUUCAGGUGUUGCAGCAAGCGAUGCCCGACCUGGUGAAGGGCCUCAUGAAGGCGCUCACCGAUGCUGUCACCACGGUUGUCGGCUCGAUUUUGAACAAUGCCAGCCUUCUCAAGUGCCCGCAGAUAACAAUGUAUGAUAAGUCCCUGUAUUCGGUGUACCCUGGUUACACGGAGCUGUUGCCUGAUGGUACUUACACCGGCCUCUCGCAACUUGUCCGUAUGCUUUGGCCAGGUUUCAGGAGGUUCUAGAGACUCU